UCUCUAUGAUCCGGUUCCAAAAUCUGCAGUUCACUUGUGAAUGCUGUCUCCUGUUCGCUUUCCGUUUUCAUUCUACACAAAUUUUCAAAAUAUUUUUUUUCAACUCCAAACUGGCGCUUAACCGCAGCGCUGCGAGAAAAUUAAAGGUUAACUUCCUUCUUUCCUUCUUCUUCUGUUUUAUCACGUUUUAUGUUCUUAGUUAGUCGUUUCUGAUUUCUAGUCCUUAAAAGACGUCAAGGAGGAUCAAGGUUACCGGUUAGAGGAAGAGGUUAAAAUAAUUAAAUGUCAAAUAGUUCUCUCUAAAAAUUUGAAAUUUUUUUGAUUUGAUUUUGAUUUUUGUCGAGGUUUUUGUGUUUCAAAAAUGGGGGACAUGACAUACAUCCCCUUGUCGGAAAAAGUAGGCUUCAUAGGUGGUGGAAAUAUGGCCACAGCUAUUUGUGAAGCAAUUGUGAAAAAAGGUCUGAUAAGUUAUAACAAAGUAUAUGUAUCUGGCCCUCAUUUACACAACCUAAGCAGUUGGAAAGCAAAAGGUGCUCAUGUAACCAUUGAAAAUGGAAAAGUCGUUGAAGAAAGUGAUGUAAUAUUCUUGGCUGUCAAGCCACAUAUCCUACCUAUUGCCAUAGCCAAUAUGUAUGACACUCUGUCUGAUAAACCCAUAAAGUCCAAACUGUUUGUAUCUAUUUUGGCUGGUACACCCAUAGAGCAGCUUGAGAAUAUUUUGGGUCAACUGGAAGGUAGUAGAGUUAUUCGAGCAAUGCCCAAUACACCCAUGUUGGUAGGAGAAGGAUGUACUGUAUUCAGCCCUGGUCAGCGAGCAACUGACAGUGACAUUGAAUUAGUACAUAGAAUCCUUACUGUGACUGGAGUUUGUAAGGAAGUACCAGAGUCAUUGAUAAACCCAAUUGGAGCCUUAGCAGGUAGCGGGCCAGCCUUUGUGUAUCUGGUGAUUGAAGCACUUGCAGAUGGUGGAGUUAAGAUGGGCAUUCCUAGAGCAAUGGCCAUUGAGUUUGCAGCUCAAACUGUAUUUGGGAGUGCAAAGAUGGUGAAAGAUACAGGAAAGCAUACAGGGCAGUUGAAAGAUGAAGUAUGCUCUCCAGGAGGGACAACUAUUACUGGGGUACAUGCCUUGGAAAGAGGUGGAGUGAGGGCUGCAUUGAUGGAAGCAAUAGAAUGUGCUACCAAGAGAUCUGAAGAGUUAGGUCAGAAAAAGCAUUAGGGACUAUUUUCCCAUUUGCUCAUAAUUGUGAUUUGAGUCUUUUCACAAGAAUAUUGUAGCUUGUGAAGCAAUUUCAUCAUUAUUUAUGAGUUUUUGAAAGCAUAUAGAAUAGGUUUAAGUGUGUUUCAUUAUGUUGAAUAUGAAUAAAUAAUUAUGUAUUUUGUCAUUCAAAUAGGAUGAAAUAUAAAAUUAAUUGA